UAUUGCCCUCUGAUUGGCUUACGUCUCGUCCCGUCAGCGCCCGCAUCCCUUUCUCAUCAACUGGAUUGGACAAGGCUGGCGCAUGCGCCUUUCAGUGUGCCGCGAGGAAACAUGGCGGCGGUUGUGGCGGCGGUUCGCGCCUUGUCAGUGGCGGCGUUGACGGGCGGGCUGCGAAUGCUGAAAGGAACCGGAGGCGGCGGCCAGUGCUGCCGGCGGUGGAAGCGGCCAGGCGUCUGGACGGUGCCCCGGCGAGAGCUGGGUGCGGAGGUUCCGCCUCAGGCUGCCUCUCAGGCGGUGGGGGUGGGGCUGACGGAGGCCGUUCUGAGGGACGCUGUGAAGCAGCAGCAGUCAACAGAAGAUGGAGAUGGGAAAGGCUCUGAUGAACAGCAAGAGAAGAAGCAGAAGGAAAAUACUGCCUAUGCAAAGAAGAUGGUCCUCAGGAUAGCAGGGCUUAUGGGAGCUGGCAGUGGUGUAGCAAUUAUUUACAUCUUUGGUAGUAAUUCGGUGGAUGAGCAUGGUGUUAAGAUUCCUGAUGAAUUUGAUAAUGAUCCAAUAGUGAUUCAACAGUUCCGAAGAUCGUAUAAAUACUUUAAAGAUUACAGGCAGAUGUUCAUAGAGCCAACCAGUCCUAAGCUGCUCCCAGAUCCCCUGAAAGAGCCCUAUUACCAGCCCCCUUACACUCUAGUCAUCGAACUCACAGAUGUUCUCCUUCACCCUGAGUGGUCGUUAGUGACCGGUUGGCGCUUCAAGAAGAGACCAGGCAUUGACAACCUCUUCCAGCAGUUGGCGCCGCUUUAUGAAAUCGUCAUCUUCACCUCCGAAACAGGCAUGACCGCUUUUCCCCUCAUAGACAGCGUAGACCCUCAUGGGUUCAUCUCCUACCGGCUUUUCCGCGAUGCCACCCGUUACAUGAAUGGGCAUCACGUUAAGGAUAUUUCCUGCCUGAACAGAGAUCCUGCUAAAGUGGUGGUGGUAGACUGCAAGAAAGAGGCCUUCUGCUUGCAGCCCUUCAAUGGCAUGGCCCUGAAGAAGUGGGAUGGAAAUUCGGACGACCGGACGCUCUUCGACCUUGCUGCCUUUCUGAAGACUGUUGCCUUGAGUGGAGUAGAAGAUGUCCGGUCAGUGCUGGAAAACUACUCCUUGGAAGAGGAUCCGCUGGAGGCAUUUAAGCGCAGGCAGUCCCAGCUGGAGCAGGAAGAGCAGCAGCGUCUCUCGGACCUCUCCCAGCACAAGAAGCAGCAGCUCUUCUUGGGCUCUCUUGCAAGCCGACUGUGGCCUCGCUCCAAACAGCAGUGACACAGGCACGCCUUCAAGUUACAGCCAUGCCGCCCACGAAAACGGACUUCUCUCCUGCUCCAGUCCUUGCCCGGUGGGAACAGCACUCUCUGGAGAAGGCAGUCACAGCCAAGGAGGCACAGACUUUUGCGCAAGUCAGGGGCCACAAGAGCUGGCCCCCAUCUCGUUCUCCAGCAGCAAUAUUCCCUUCAAGGCCUCGAUGGCUGUGUGCAAACUGGAACCUUUUUCCAAGCCCUUUUCCGGAGGGGGUUCUGUGGUGUCCUGUUGAGCGGCCAAGGGAGUGCCCUUUGCCAUCCCAUCCAGGAAAGGGGAACGUGUGGGGAGGGGUUGGCGCAGUCUGCUCCUAGAUAGCCUCCGGACCUGUCUUCACAUCCUGCUACUGUGUUCCCCUCAGACUUCAGGCCAUGUUGCUAUUCUGUUGGGGCAAACAGAAAUGAAUGUUGGGUGUACUCUACAAUAAAUGGCCAUCUUUCUAGUGAA